AUGACCUUCCUAAGGGAAUGCGAUGUCUUGGUUGUGGGGAGCGGCAAUGCGGGGUUUUCCGCAGCCGUUUCCGCAGCUCAAUCUGGGGCAAAGUCUGUUGUUCUGAUUGAUAAAUGCCCCGAGGAAUGGGCAGGAGGCAAUACGUACUUUACGGCCGGUGCAUAUCGCACUGUUCACGGUGGUCUUUCGGAUCUUCUUCCUAUAGUGAACAAUGUCGACAGAGAGUUGGCAAGCCGAAUAGACCUUGGUCCUUAUUCGACUGAUGACUUCACCAACGACAUGCAGCGCGUGUGUAUGGGCCGCUCCGAUUCACAUCUGAUGCAAGCACUUGUUUCUGACUCGAACUCCACGAUCAAAUGGCUUUCCAAGAAUGGCAUCCGGUUUCAGCUUUCCUUCAAUCGGCAAGCAUACAAGUUGAAUGAUCGGUACCAGUUCUGGGGCGGACUAGCAUUGAAGACACAAGAUGGUGGCAAGGGGCUUGUCGAAGACCACAAAGCAGCUGCUCUGCGCCAUGGUGUCAAUCUUUGUUGGUCGACAGCUCUGACUGGGGUAGAUCUUCAAAAGCCUUCCGGCAAGCCGAACGUAUCGACAAACGAUCACCUUGUCAAAGCCUCUGUGCUUCACAAAGGAGUCAAAGAAACCAUCUUUACCCAUGCCCUCGUUUUUGCAGCUGGUGGCUUUGAAGCCAACCCUCGCAUGCGAUGCCAGUAUUUGGGACCGGGCUGGGACUUGGCCAUGGUCCGAGGGACGCCAUACAACACAGGAGAUUGUCUAGAGCUUGCAAUCCGGGAACUCAAUGCCAAACCCGUGGGCAACUGGUCCGGCUGCCAUUCUGUCGCCUGGGAUGCAAAUGCGGAUCCCAAUGUGGGUGAUCGUGAGGCUUCGAACGAGUACACGAAGUCUGGGUAUCCGCUAGGCCUAAUGCUCAAUAUCCACGGAAAGCGAUUUGUUGAUGAGGGUGUCGAUUUGCGAAACUAUACCUACGCUCGAUUUGGCAAGGCCAUCUUGGCACAACCUGAGCAUAUCGUUUUCCAGAUUUGGGACGCGCAAACAAUUCCCUGGCUACGGGAGGAAGAAUAUCGUGAUGAACGAGUGGAACGAAUCACCGCAGACACUUUAAAAGAAUUAGCUGAGAAGUGUGCCCAGCGAGGCUUGCAAGACCCUGGCCAGUUCGUGGCAACUUUCAAGGAGUAUAACGAAGCCGUCUAUGCUUAUCGCCGCGAGAACCCAGCUGUGGAAUGGAACCCAGCAAUCCGUGAUGGGGUCGCAACUCAAUCAAAGACCAAGAAGCUGGAGCUUCCCAAGUCGAACUGGGCUCUAGCAAUUGACAAGGCGCCUUUCUUGGCUGUGAAAGUGUCAUGUGGCAUUACAUUCACGUUUGGAGGAUUGGCCAUCGAUCCAAAAGAUACCCGACUCAUUAGAUCCACUACUGGAGAGCCACUCUCAAACGUCUUCUGUGUAGGUGAGAUGAUGGGUGGUCUAUUCUACAACAAUUACCCCGGAGGCAGUGGUUUGACCUCGGGCGCGGUGUUUGGACGACGCGCCGGGAAUGCUGCCGCAAAAGUGGCUCUUGCGGCUAGAGAGUUUGAAGACAGUUCCAAAUAG